AUGGGAAGAAAGAAGAUUCAAAUCACCCGGAUAGUAGGCGAGAGGAACCGACAGGUGACCUUCAUGAAGCGGCGGUUUGGCCUCAUGAAGAAGGCGUACGAGCUGAGCGUGCUGUGCGACUGUGAGAUCGCCCUCAUCGUCUUCGACGGCACCAACAAGCUCUUCCAGUACGCCAGCACCGACAUGGACAACGUAUUGCUGAAGUACACCGAGCACAACGAGCCGCACGAGAGCCGGACCAACGCCGACAUCAGGGAGAGUCUGAAUAAGAAGGAGCACCGAGACUGUGGCAGCCCCGACAUCCUCACCCUUAACACUGACAAGGACGAGAAGACCAAUGAAGACUUCGACCAUGUGAUGCAGAGCCACCGAACUGUACAUUAGAUCAGAG